AUGUCGUCCUCGUCGGCGAGCACAGAGCGAACGCUGUACUACCUGGAGAACUCGCGAGCCAUCCGCGUCGCCUGGGUGCUCGAAGAGCUCUCGCUCCCUUACACGCUGAAGACCUAUCGGCGCAUCGAAGGCAAGCGCGCGGAGGCCACGCUCAAGACCGACUCGGGCAACCCUCUGGGCAAGUCGCCGUACCUCGUCGACUCUGGCAUCCGUGUCUCCGAGUCCGCUGCGAUAGUGAGGUACCUCGUGGAGCGGUACGGCGCGCAGCGCGGGCGGUUGGAACUGCUCGGGACCGAGGGCGACUGGCAGGAGCGCGCCGACGUCGACGCGUGGAUCUCGUUCAGCGAAGGCAUGAUGGUGCACACCCUCGCCGCGGUCUACCCACGCUGGUUCGCAGAUGCGGAUACGGCGAAGGGGAUCGAAGCGAAGAUGGCGGGUAACGUGCACAAUAAUUUGAACCUGCUCGAGGCCGCGCUGGCAGAGGGCAAGGGCGGCUACUUGGUUGGCGGAAGGCUGACGGCAGCGGACAUCAUGUGCGCCUUCUCCGCAGAGUACACGUUCGGCAUGGAUACCGCCAUCACCUCCGAGGGAAAGACGCGCGACAACUGGCCAAACACCCUCGCGUGGCUCAAGCGCUUGGCGCAGCUGCCAUCGUAUCAGAAUGUGUUGCGCAAGGGAGCCACGCAUCGGUUCACCAUCACCGACUGA